CGGGUCCCUCCGCAGCCCGCUGCCGGGUUACCGGCGCUCACCGGCCGCUGCCGCGCCUCCAUCCCGCGCUGGUUUUUCAACGCCUCCUCCGGGAGCUGCGAGCGUUUCGUGUUCGGCGGCUGCGGCGGCAACGGGAACAACUUCGGCAGCGAGCGGGAGUGCCGGGCCAGCUGCGGGCCGGCCCCGGGGCCCGCUCCCUCCAGCCCCGCCGCCACCAACGCCACCUUUGCAGAUGAUCCCGGCACGGAAUUCCGGAGAUUCUUCUCAUCCAAAGGGGCGCUUUUGGGGGGGCUGCUGGCCGCGGGGGGCCGCGCUGGCCUCGGGGCUCAGCCUCGGGCUCCGCCGCUGCCGGAGGAAGCCGCGACCACCGGGAGCCGGAGCCGCGAGCCACGAGGACCGCGAGUGCCUCAUGAAGGACCCCUACCCCGCCUGAGACCCCCCAAAAACACCCCCCGACCCCCCCCCCCAGAAUGAUCCGUGCUCUGCCCCCUCCCCCCGGUGAUUUUUAUUGAUUUUUGUAGGAAAAAAAAAAAAGGGAAUUUGGGGGAGGGCGAGCAGGAAUCCCCACCCCCAAAAAACCCCAAAAGCCCCCCCAAAAAACCCCGAAAGUCCCCAAAAAACCCCAAAAGGUCCCCAAAAAACCUCAAAAGCCCCCCAAAACCCCCCAAAAGCUCCCAAAAAGAGGCCCCAAAUUUGGGGGAGGGUGAGUGGGAAUCCCCACCCCCAAAAACCCCAAAAGCCCCCCCAAAAAACCCCAAAAGUCCCCCAAAAACCUCAAAAGCCCCCCAAAACCCCCAAAAGCUCCCCAAAAGAGGCCCCAAAUUUGGGGGAGGGCGAGUGGGAAUCCCCGACUCCCAAAAACCCCAAAAACGGCCCCAAAUUUGGGGGAGGGCGAGUGGAAUCCCCACCCCCCAAAAAACCCCAAAAAUGGCCCCAAAUCUGGGGGAGGGCGAGUGGGAAUCCGCACCCCCAAAAACCCCAAAAGUCCCUCAAAAAAACCC